CCUGUUAAUUUUUCAGAAACUGGGCGAUUUUAUGGAAAAUCAGGCAAUAGCUUGAGAAAUUUUUAUAGAAAAUUCUUAAAGAUAUUUUCCUCUCUACAAAAUCGAUACUUCAGAAAAUCGAAUGCAUCUUCUAUACAAUAUAAAACCCGGAUUGUUAAUGUACUGAAAAAUCCUCAACAAUUCUGUGCUAGUCCGAAUAACUACGACGAUAGUGAUAUGCUCUUUUAUUUCAUUUUAACUGAAUUAUUCUGGGAAAACUAAAAUAAGUAACGCUUGGUUACCUAACUUUAUACGCUACAUGAAGUUUUCACUUUUAGUGAUUAAAAGUAUCAAAAAAGUUACCGUACAAAAUAUCUGCUACAAAAAAAGUCUUUCGACAUUACGUCCAGUACAUAUUUCACCAAAGAAAUCUUCUAUGCAGAACAAAAAAAAAUAGUCUAGAAAAAGUCUCGGAAAGUUUUGCUACCGGCACUUUUAUAUCGAGACUCGAGACUAAUCGAGACCGAAGCUUUCGAGACUCGGGACUAAUCGAGACUAAAGUCUCGAGACUCGAGACUAUUCGAGACCGAAACUUUCGAGACUCGAGACUAUUCGAGACCGAAGCUUUCGAGACUCGGGACUAAUCGAGACUAAAGUUUCGGGUAUCGAGUACCCCGUCUCGGUGCAUCCCUACCAACUAUAGGACACUUGUAAACUAAAAAUAGAUGGUCUGAAGUGAAGGUGUUAGUUUGGUUUUAUUGUUCAUUUAUAAUAAUCGAUAAAUAUAAAUUCGUCAUUUGUAUUUAAAUAAUAAAGAUAAAUAAAUGAAAAUAGAUUUAUUUUUUAUAAAAUAAAGAUAAAUGGAUCAUUUAUUUACUUUUAAAAAAUAAAGGUAAAAUAAAGAAAUAAAGAUGAAAUAAAUGGUUGGUAUUCUUCUCGGAAUUUGCUGCACUUGUUCUAUUCAAUCUGCUCUUAUCAAGCUAGAUUAGUUUUAGUCGAUCUGGGUAAUUCAUUAUGACUUAAAAUCGCCUUUACAAGGUAUCGCCUAGGCAUGAAAUACGGUACAUGAGAGGGUCUCAAUAGGCAUAACUUAGUACCUAAAGUUGGUGUCUCAGUUCAACGAUGAAAAGCGAUUUGUUUAUCCUGCCCAGCUGAUCGCAUUUCAUCAUGUACAUGAUUGGUAUUAAAAGCGCUAUUGAUCUUCUAUGUGCUCGUUGGGAUAUUGUAUCAAUGCUGUUUAUUCGGUAUAUUUAUACGAUAAUAUAUGAGAAUAUAUUUAUUUUCGCCAGGGAAAAAGAUUUAGUUGACAUCCUAUACAGCAAACGGAAGCUUUCUGCAUAUACUAUCUGAUGAUGUUGUUUUUUGUAAAGGUAGAAGGAACUGUGUAUGAUGUUCUCUGAAUCAAGAUAUGAAGCAAGCAAAAACAAGAACUCUCCCGUUAGUGGGCAAUCGACCUGUCUAAUAUCAACAGUGCAUAAACCACUAUUCUAUAUUGUUCAUUAUAUAUGUUCUAUAUAAUUUCUUAUGUGUUAUCCUAUUCUUUUGAUCACGAUGAAAGAAAACCCUUUUGUUCAAACUUCUUUCAUUAAUACAGUGUGUAUCUGUGUGUUUGUGACUGUUACCAUGAAACUUGCUGGUCUGGUGCAACAGUAAUUUUAAUCGAAAUUUUUUACUUGAAUUAUUAAAAUGUUUAUCAAUUUCAUCAUAAAAUAAUUUGUCUUGCUUAUUAAAUAUAGAAAUAGUGGACACACGAACAGAACCAGAUAGCGCACUCCCAGAUACUGCUGCGUCAGAAACAACAGUCAAAUCAUUAACGUCAGUAGCAUUAGCCGAAGAAGCUAUACAACGGUCUGCCAACACAACAGAAGCUGCGAUCAAACCCUUGUUUCCUGGCGCAAUAGAAUCAAGUUAUGGUGCAGCGUAA